CCGCCGGACUGGGCGUCGCGUCCUGGAGUGAGAGGCAGGCGCAAACAAUGAGUUGCAGUCCAGCUGCGCGGAAGAGGGUCGCGCAGACGUCGGGUUCGUGAGCGGCGGCGCGCGGGCGAACGCGGAGCAGCCUGAGGUCUGAGAGAUAGUGACGGCCCCAAAGUUACCAGGUAUUUAAGAAAGUGAAAACAAAACCAGGAUGUUUGCAAAAGCAACGAAGAAUUUUGUGAGAGAAAUUGACUGUGGAGGAGACUUGAUCCCCGUAUCUCAGCUCAAUAACUUGGACAAAUUACAGUUCCUGAACAUAGUGACAAAGAAGAAGAAAACCUGGUGCUGGCAGAAACCCAAGUAUCAUCUCUUAUCAGUCACAUUGAAUGAUGUGCUUGCUAAAGAUGAACCCAUAAAACCAGUGGUUGUGGAGUCUGAUUUUGUGAAGUACGAGGGGAAGUUUGAAGACUAUGUCAAAGGAAACAUUGAAACUUCAUUUGGAACGAUUAAUCUAGGAGCUGGAGGAAGAGGUGUUGUGGAAAGCCAGUCGUCAUUUGGAAAUCUGAAAAAGCAAGAAGCUGACUUACAGAAGCUUAUGAAGGAUGUCAAGGGAAAGGCUGUUAAUCUGCACAAUACAUUGCUGCAACAAAUGCUUGAAAGAAAGCAUGAAGUUCUUUGUAUCCUGACAAAAAGAAUAGUAACAACCCAGAAAUGUUUAAUAUCUGAACAUAUUCAGACAGAAGAAAAAAUGGCUAGUAUGGUGGGGAUAAAGACAAAAGUUAUCAAGGUAUCAGUGAGUGAAAAUGGGAAUGUGAUAAAGGAUUCUAAUGUGAUCUUGGAGAUCCCUGCUCCCACAGCUAUUGCUUAUGGUGUAAUAGAACUUUAUGUAAAGCGUGACGGACAAUUUGAAUUCUGCCUGCUACAUGACCAAGAGGGUGGCUUUGAAAGGGAGAGUAUGGAAGGAUCAGCUUAUCAUUCUGCAGCUUUCCGAUAUUCUUUCUUCCCCCAUCUUCUGGAUGCUGUCGAUAGCGAGAAUCCGCCAGGCCCUGUCCCCAGUGAUGCCCCAUUAAGUGUUUUGAGCAAAGAUGCCUUGCAGUUCAAGACCCAUUUCCAGACCUUCAUGAAGCUAACGGAGGAAAAGCAGGGAACUUUAUACCAACUACUCUGUGAUUUUCUGCUUCAGGAAGAAAUGGUGACUGAGCUGGAGGAUGUGCUGGACCAUAUAUGUACAGAAGACAAACCAGAACUCCUUGUAAUGGUGGAGUCAAAGCCACCAGAGCAGAAAAACAUAGAGGAUUUCUUACAGCUUGUUGGAAUCCGUUUACGGAACAAACAGUUCCUGCAGAAGGACCCACUUUCCAACAAGGAGCUCCUCUUAGCGGCUCACAUCCUCCUCAGUGCUAUAGCAGAACUGUCUGAUUAUGCACUUGUCUUGCUUCGCGCCUGCUGCGAACUCCAGGUUGUCCCCGCUCUAUGUUGCUUGCCUAACAGGACCUCGGCGGAUGGCACGCUAACACUUGCAGAUCCAGUGCUAGCUCCCCUUGCUGACACCCAAAGGUUUCAGAUAGCACAAAGGCUGUUUGCUUUAUCAAACAUUAACCUUGAGAUGACCGAGUCUUGCAUAAAAGCUGUAACCAUGAAGAAACCCAGAUUUUCCCCAAUCAUUCUCUAUAUAGCAUUGUAUGGACUUCAUGCAUUAGGCUGUAAAACAGCUCAGGCUUGAAGCAGCGGCCUGGGUGGUUUAAUAGGAUAACUAACGGCAGUAUUUAAUAUCUGUCAUAAUAGAGUUGGACCUGGCUGAUUUGCAUCAUUACAAUGGGAACAUGGGCAAAUUGGCUGUGCCACUGGAGCAUGGCAGAAGUUGAAAUGGAGUGUACAAAUGAAAAUAUUGAAGAGCCAUGCAAGGGCGCUUCAUCUGCAAUGCACAUAUUAAAACACAUCUUCAGUAUUUGUCUCCUCA